AAAAGUUUCGCUUCCAAUUUCCUCUUCGAUCCGUACGAAGUUCUAGUUUUCUUAGAAUCCGGGGAAUUAUUGGCAGCCAAGUUGUUUGUUUAACAAACGCCCUGCUCACAGACGUCCGCCGCACCAGUCCGGUUCAAGUUGAAGGCAAGGGAAUAUUAUUUUUAGCUAGUAGGCCACAGCUAAGUGGCACCGUGUUGUGUCUAAAAAUUUUGUUUGGCUGCGUCUGCAAAUAAAUCAAACCGUUUUCGUAUCAAAUCUUGGGAACCAAAUCAGCGAGAGAGAUGCCCAUCAUUCGGCUGGAGUCUGCGGACAAGGAGAUCUUCGACACGGAUCAGGAGAUCGCCAAGUGCUCGGAAACGAUUCGCAUUGCACUGGAGGAUAUGGGCGAUGAGAGCGACAACAGUGUGCUGCCCUUGCCGAAUGUCAACUCGCUGAUCCUGAAGAAAGUGCUCCACUGGGCCACCUACCACAAGGACGAUCCCAUGGUUACCGAGGAGGAUGAGAACAAGGAGAAGCGCACGGAUGACAUCUCAUCCUGGGACGCCGACUUCCUUAAAGUCGACCAGGGCACUCUGUUCGAACUGAUCCUCGCGGCUAACUACCUGAACAUCCAGGGUCUGCUCGACGUCACCUGCAAGACGGUGGCCAAUAUGAUCAAGGGCAAAACACCGCAAGACAUUCGCGACACCUUCGCCAUCCAGAAUGACUUCUUGCCACAGGAGGAGGAGCAGGUGCGCAAGGAGAACGAGUGGUGUGAGGAGAAAAAUUGAAGAAGAUUGGCUAAUGCAGCGGCUAGGCGAAUCAAAUCAAAUAAAUACUAUAAUGUUAACUUAC